AUGGCUGGAGGAGAGAAAUUUUCAAAAUUAGAUUUAGCGCAAGCGUAUUUGCAAAUGGGCGUUCGCGAAGAGGACCAACAAGUGCUUACCCUCAACACGCAUCUGGGUUUGUUUCAACCUACUAGGCUGAUGUAUGGUGUGGCGUCUGCGCCUGCUAUAUUUCAACGCGAAAUAUCCCAAAUACUACAAGGUAUUCCUGGAGUCUCGGUUUUUCUGGAUGACGUCAAAGUUACUGGUCCUGAUGCUGCUACCCACCUGGAACGUCUGCGGGAGGUUUUACGUAGAUUCAACGAGCAUAACAUGCGGGUGAACGUUUCUAAAUGUGAAUUCUUUGCGGACACUAUUGAAUAUUGUGGAUAUGCCGUUGACCGUCGCGGUAUUCACAAAACGAAGCAAAAAGUAGCUGCCAUUCAGGAAAUGCCUCAUCCUGAAAAUCGUGAACAAGUUCGUGCCUUUCUCGGACUUGUAAACUACUAUGGGAGGUUCUUACCGAAUCUUAGCACUCGGAUAUAUCCUAUCAAUAAUCUGUUAAAAGAUAAGACACCGUUUAUUUGGGAUAACAAAUGCGAAUUGGCUUUCAACUGGGUCAAAGCGGAGAUGCAAUCAGAUCGUGUUCUGGUACACUAUGAUACAACGCUUCCUCUCGUGCUAGCAACCGAUGCAUCACCGUAUGGGGUUGGGGCCGUCCUAAGUCACAUCUACCCUGACGGAAAUGAGCAUCCAAUUCAGUACGCUUCCCAAACGUUGAACACUACACAACAGAACUACACUCAGGUCGACAAAGAGGCUUACGCGAUUAUAUACGGCGUAAAAAAAUUCCACCAAUAUUUGUUUGGUCGGAAAUUUGUACUUGUUACGGAUAACAAACCGGUUACCCAGAUUUUCUCACCAGAUAAAGGUCUGCCAACGCUGUCUGCAUUACGCAUGCAACACUACGCAGUUUUUCUACAGUCGUUUGAUUUUGAAAUUCGAUACCGCCCGUCCAAACAUCAUGCUAAUGCCGAUGGAAUGUCUCGUUUACCGAUUUCGGAAGCCGUCAAUAAUAAAAUGGUAGAAGAAGUUGAUGUGUUGGAACUCGAACAGAUAGAAACUUUACCCAUAAAUAUAGAGGAGUUGGAAGAACACACUAGCAACGAUAAAAGCGUAAAGAACCUACUUCAAGGGUUGAAAUCCGGAAGAUGCGUGGAGGGCCGUGACAGAUUCGGCAUCGAUCAAACCGAAUUUACCCUACAAAGCGGCUGUUUGAUGAAAGGAAUUCGAGUGUAUAUUCCAGAAACACUUCGGACGCGGGUUUUGCAAGAGCUGCACUUCGGACACUUCGGAGUUUCUCGCAUGAAGUCUCUCGCUAGGUCUUAUUGCUGGUGGAAACCGUUGAUCAGGACAUCAUGGAUAUUGCCCGCGAUUGCCCGGAUUGCGCAAGAACAAGAACUGACCCAGCGAGUUCCUGUACAUUGUUGGGAGCGACCAUCAGGGCCAUUUCAGCGGAUUCACGCUGAUUUUGCCGGGCCGUUUAUGGGUUGUUUUUUCUGA